CAGAAUCAUAGUCCACUGUGCUGCAAAGAUAUUCAACAUAGGAAAAGCCGCUCUCUCGAACUGUUAACAUUCGGUUAAGGCUAACAUGACGAGAGAACGAUUGAGCGAAACGAGAGAGUGCAGUCGGCAGAGCCGUGACAGAGCCUGAGCAGAGCAAUAUAAAGCGACUGGCCCGAAAACAUUUGUAUUUGUAAAAAGCAAACCAACGAGCGGAUAAGGCGAAAUACCUGAAAAGCAGCAGCGAAAAACACGAAAAGCCAGAAACAGAAACCAAAAACCAAAACCGAAACAACUCGAACUUCGUGCAGUGUGGCAAAUUGAAUAAGAAACAGAAACCGAAAUAUAAAAGCCAGAAAAAGAAGCGAAUCGAAGCGUAAAUAAACAGAGCAAUUUGGAACAAAACCAAAACAAAAAAACACAAUCAAAAACUUAAAAAAAAACAGCACUCAAAGGAACAUUUUUUGCGGAAAACGCGCGGAAAAGUGCAUUUCAAUUUUUUUCAAGUGAAAGUUGGGCGCCCACGCCCACCAACAGCGUCUACGUCUACGCCUACAAUGAACCGUUCGAACAGCUUCGUUAGCUCACUGAAAUGGUGGCCACUGCAGGGUCACAAUAACCAACCAGUGGCAGCGGCGCCACCUGCCGGCGGUGUUGGCUACUCCCAAUCGGCGCCCAGUUCGCCCACCUCCACAUGGCCACCACCACUGCAGCAGCAUCAGAAUCCCACCGGCGGCCACCGUCUCUUGCCACCCGGCAGCGCCCACAACAACACCCACCAAAAGGUCGGCGGCGGUGGCACUGUGGGUGCCACAUUCGGUAGCAGUGUGGCCGUUCAAAAGCUGCGCGAAUCCAAAUGGUUCAAGCCCGAGGAGCAGCGCAUCUUUUGCGCCGUCGUCGAGUGCGGUUUCGUGGUCGAGAUCCGCAGCAGUGCCGCAGCCGAGGCAGCGGCAGCAAAUGCUGCAGCAGCCGCUGCGGCAGCUGCCUCCGGUGAUGGCGAUGUCGAUGUUGAUGAAUUGGAUGAACUCGAAUGUCCACUGACUGUACAGCCACCGAAGAAUCAACCAUCGAACCAAAACCAAUCCCAUUCCCACCCCCAGCGGCUGGUUAUCCCGCGUAAUGGCAGCAGUUUCCUAGAGACGCAGGACGAGAACGAGACGCCAGUCGCCUCCUGGUAUGGCAUCGUCCUCUGCAAGGUGGCCAAAGACAAUAAACCCAAGCCCGAAACCAUUGAGAUAUUUUCUGUGAAAAUACGAGAGAAUGGUACAUACAAACUAAUCAAGAUGCAACUUGCCGAUAUUUGGAGUCAUGGAUGGGAGUUGCGCAUUAACAAUUUCGCUGACAAGGAGAAGGUGCCACACAAUGAAAAGGACAUUCGCAAUCAGGUGUCUGUGGCCCGCAAAGCCAAGCAGAGUCUUUGGAACAACAACAAGCAUUUCGUCUACUGGUGUCGAUAUGGAAGUCGUCAGCAGGAUCUGCGGAAGCGACAGUUAGAUUUUCCGGAUUUCAAAGCCCAAAUACGUUGAAUUACAUACGUGAGAGUAUAAAAUGCCCUGUGUUUGGCACACUCAAUUGUAAUGGGUUAACUCUGAUGGAUAAUCUGGCGGAAGGCGUAUGAAAAAGGCGAGAAAUGAAAUGGCGAAAAUGAAGAUCGGAAAAUCGAGCUCUACCGAUCGCCUCGACCCUUCCUCCAUUUACUUCUAAAACUCUUCUUCCGGCACUUGUCUAUGUACAUACAUAUGCAUAUAUAUAUAUAUAUAUAUUCCGGGAUAUCAUUCCGGCCAAAUUCAUCAUCGCAAAACCUGGAGACGUACGUAUUUCUGUUUGUACUCAGUGUCUUACAAAGUGAAUCUAUAUUGCAGAUGUCGGAGUGCGUGAAAUGGGGCAGCGUGGGCAUGAAUGCGGGCAUGUUGCUGGUGCUCAAUAAUAGGCAAAAAUCCUAUUCCCACUCAAAGUAACUAGAAACCACCAUCCAUACCCCCCUCUCUUCUUUACAUUUUUCAUUUUAUAUUCAAUAUAUAUAUAUAUAUAUAGAUAUAUAUAUAUAUAAAACUUGCCAAGUGCUGCUGAUGGUGUAGGCCACAGAGAACGAUUUUAUAUAGCAAACAAGUAUUAAAGUAAAUUCGGAUGAUAAGAUAAUUUAUGGCUUAAGAACGCCAAGGGCAAUGGAAAAAAACCAAAUGCAAAUAUACGUAUUAAGUGCAAAAAAUAAGAUAGCCAAGAAAAUUUAGAUCAGGCCGAGAGGGCUAGAGCGAGGACGAGGGCGAGGACUUUUUGGCAGUAUUAAAAAAAAACAAAAACAAAAAUCAAAGAGUUAAAGUAAGAGCUAGGGAGCAAAGCAAGAAAACAUGGCCUAAAUCAUACGUCACACACACACACACAAAGAAAAAAAAAAAGAAAAAAGCAAAGAAAAAACUACAAACUAUAAACUACACUCCCGCCCAUGAUUGUAUAGCUGUUGCAACUGGAGCUACAAUUUAUCAAAUACUUUUGUAUUUACAAUUGUGUAUAUGACACUAUGAACGAGAGAGAGAGACACAACACACACAAACACUGUGAAAUUCGAAAAGACUUAUUAAAUAUUUGUUUGUUUUUUUUCGUCCUAAUUAAUUUUUUUUUUGUUUUCAUGUGAUUAAAUACUACGUAUACAUUAUUAUAAAUAUAUAUAUACAUACAUACAUGCAUAUAUAUAUAUAUAUAUUUAUACAUUGUGAAUGGCAAGCAUAUAGAUAUUUGCAAGGCAACAUUUUUUGUUUUCUUUGUUAUUUAAGCGUAAUUAAGUAAUAAUGCCCAAAAUGGGUCUUUAAAAUUGCUAAGAAAUCAAGCGAAAAAAAACUCUACGUAGCAGGCAUAUAAAGUAAUAUUAAUUUAGAAUUGUAAAACAAUCAAAAACAUUCGAAAUGUUUCGUUAUGUAUUUAGCUUUAGCUUUACAUGACCGAUAAAUGACAUUAACUGAAAGACGACUUAGAACGGAAACGGAAACGGAAACGACAGCAGAAACAAUGGAAUAUCUAAAACAAAAAUGGCAUCUUACAAAAUGCCGGACAAUAUUUUUGUACAUAGAAAAGCUGGACGAACUAAGGACGUUAUAAAAAAAAAAUUCAACACACAAAAAAAGAGAGAAAAAUUUAUAAAACUUUCAAAAAUAAAAAUAAAACGGACGCUAGGUCGUAAGAUAUAUUAUAUACAUUAUUACUUAUUUUGUUUAAGUUUUGUCUUUUUUAAGCAAUUUAUAAAAUAUUUAUAGUAGUCUUAUAUACAUUUCGACAAUGUGAAGAAAAUUUGAAUAUGAAACGUUUGUAAAAUGCUUUAUAUUGAUAUUAUUAUUAAAUGUUUACCAACAAAUACAACACAAA